AUGUCAACCUCAUUGGACAUUGCUGAGGAUCAGAAGGGAGUCAUCUCAGAAUGUCCUGUCUUGUUCUUGUCUAUUCGUACUGUCUAUGCUGUGUUUGUCCAGAAUGGCUUUGUGUUUGUGCCGUAUAUAGAGGGCGAGAAUGCAAAAUCCUGCAACUUCUGUAAUUCUACAAUCUCCACCAUCUGUAACGUAAGGAGCGGCUACGUCAUCUGUUCCUGCGCUGCUGGCUACAUUGGAAAUGGGGUGGACUGCACGAGGAUGGUAUUCUGUGAUACAAACAAGUGCUGUCCUAAGGGAUAUAACUGGGACUUGAAGGUGAAGUUAUGUGUGGAUAUCAACGAAUGUCUAAGCCCAACUCUGAACACCUGUUCCCCAACAGAGACCUGCAAAAACCUCAAUGGUGUUUACCUCUGUGUUCCCAACCCCUCAGCCCUCUGCUCCGGCACUGCUUGCUCCAGCGACCAGGACUGUCUGCAAAUAAAUGGCAAAUAUCAAUGUGCUGAUCCCUGUGACUGGAAUUCUCUGCUGAAUGGGGACGAUAGAUUGUCCUCCAUUGAUUCCGCUGGCAGAUUCAGCACUGACAGAUACAACUUUGGAUGGUUCCGUUAUGUUGGGAAAAAAACUGCCAGCUUGAAAGUUGGAACCGUGGGGCCCUUAAAAUGUGGCUCCCUUGAACCAUUUUCUCUUGGGGACGUUCAUCCAAAUAUUGGUGAUGGGAUCAAGUUGGUGCCCUUAAUCAGCAAUUCCCUGAGUGGAACUAUAAAUGCUGGUAAUCUUCCAGUGAAGGCCUGCCCCAAAGGAUACUACGUGUACAAGUUCUCAGGAAUGCUCAAGCCUGAUGUCUACUGCACAGUUGGAGUUCCAGUGGAAAAGCGGAUGUGUGCCGUUGCCAAGGGCAACCGUCGGGAACACAAGAAGAUGGAGAACAGUGCUGUUUUCCAGAGUUCCUAUAUUACCUGCGACUGUGCACAGAGUCCUAAAGGGUGCUGCUGGAGAGACCGCCCAGAAAAAGUCGGGACACCAGGCCAUGCUGUUUCCGGUGGCAACGGUUGCAGUAAGGAGUCUGCCGGUGUUCGGGAUACCAGGAACCAAGAGAAGGCUGGGGAUCUGGGUAGAGAUGUCCUGGUAAUAUCUUUGUCUCCUGAGACUACCGAAUCCACAACGUCAGGCGGUAAGACUGUUCCUGUUGAUAAUUUUGUGGCAAUCCCACUGACGGUGAGCCGGCCGCAGUGGAAACCAGCUGGGCCGGUCAUGGACAUGGGAGAAGCGUCCCCUGGUGGAAAACAUAUAAAUGAUGCAGAAGUGCAGAUAAAUGUUGUGAACACAGAGUGGAGCGAUCCUACUCUGGUGAACGUGCAAGAAAGGGUGGCUUAG